AUGCUGCCGCUGCUGCAGAUCCUCCUCCUCCCCUGCUGCUUCUCUGCGGGAAGGGGCAGCGGCCUCCUGGGUGAAGGCCUGUGGCUGCUGAAGACGGAGUUUGCAUUUCGCCUCUACCAGACCGUGGCAGCGGGAAGAAACGGAACAAACCUUGUCAUCUCUCCAGCCGGCGUGUCUCUUCCCCUGGAGAUCCUGCAGUUCGGAGCCCAGGGGAACACUGACAGGCAGCUAGCUGGUGCCCUGGGGUACACCGUGUAUGACCCGAAGGUGAGAGAAUUCCUGCAUGCUGUUUACUCUGUGCUGCACAAUUCCAGUCAAGACACCGGGAUGGAGCUGACCUGCACCGUUUUUGUGCAAGUGGGGACGCGGCUGUCUCCUUGCUUUGUGGAGCAGAUCUCCUGGUGGGCCAACAGCAGUCUGCAGCCAGUGGAUCUCAGAGAACCCAACAGCACGGCCGGCAGGGCUUCCGAAGACACGUCCAGCCAGAGCACAGGUGAGGGUCCAGGUCGUCUUCCAUGGGAGCAGGUCAGCACGAUGUCUGCUCAACUGGCUCUUGUGAGUACCAUGACCUUCCAAAGCACUUGGCAGAGGAGAUUCUCCUCCGUGGACUCGCAGCUCCUGCCUUUCACCUGUGCCCAUGGCCUUGUCCUCCAGGUGCCUAUGAUGCAUCAAAUGGCCGAGGUCAACUAUGGCCAGUUCCGAGAUGCUGCAGGCCAUGAGGUGGGAGUGCUGGAGUUGGCAUACCUAGGGAGAAUGGCCAGUCUCUUCCUCGUGCUGCCUCGGGACAAAGACACACCUCUGGGCCACAUUGAGCCACACCUCACGGCCAGAGCCAUCCACCUCUGGACCACAAGGCUGAGGAGAGCCAGGAUGGAUGUGUUCCUUCCCAGAUUUAGAAUCCAGAAUCAGUUCAACUUAAAAAGCAUUUUAAGUUCUUGGGGUGUCACCGAUCCUUUUGAUCCACUCAAAGCUAAUUUGAAAGGAAUUUCAGGCCAAGAUAGCUUCUAUGUUUCCGAAGCAAUCCACAAGGCCAAGAUGGAGAUUUCAGAGGAAGGCACUAAGGCAUCUGCAGCCACAGCUCUCUUGUUACUGAAAAGGUCUCGGACUCCUGUGUUUAAAGCAGAUCGCCCGUUCAUUUUCUUCUUGAGAGAACCUAACACAGGUGUUGUCAUCAGCAUUGGGAGAGUUUCAAACCCUCUUGACUAAAACAGCAGAUCUCAAGAAGGUUCUCUACGUUCGUGUAUGCUUUCCUUCGUAACUAUUCAAAUUACUAUGGUCUUGCAUUUUUUUUAAUGCAAAUAAAAUGUAAAAAGGAUAUGUGAUUUCCAAAUAGUAUGAAC